AUGCCCCCAACCCACGACACACCCAUUCUAGGCAUGGUCGCCCGUCCUCAUGUUGAACAGCCCACGGAAUACGGCUGCGAAGCGACGCCUCAAGGGUGGUGGACCGAAUGGCCUUCUGGCCUCGUUGACGUCUCUCGCACAAGCCACAUCGUAGAGUCUGACUCAGCAAGCCCGCCCCCUCUCACCUCGGAGCUGGUCGACAUCCCUUGCGAUGGCGAGCGCGUAGUCCGCGUCAAGCGUGCCGCCACCGCAAUGGUCGUGAUAGACAUGCAAAACUUUUUCCUGCAUCCCGAAUUGAGAGACCACCCAAAAGGACUAGCCUGCGUAGACCCCCUUCUCAAAUGCCUCCCCGCCCUGCGCGCUGCAGGAAUCAAGGUUCUAUGGGUAAAUUGGGGGCUAACAGACGCAGAACUGCUCACGAUUCCUCCGUCUUUGGUGCGCGGCUUCCAGAAAAACGGACGGGGCGGGUUUGGCUCCGAGCUUCCAGCUGGCUUUGGCCGUCUGCUCAUGCGCGACGCCAAAAACUCGAUGCUUCAUGGGCCGUUGCAGGACGAUUUUGAAGCGAAUCGCUCAAAGGAUGUCUGGAUUCACAAGAAUCGGAUGAGCGGCUUGUGGGGGUAUCAGAGCGCCCUCGAUUUAUACUUGCAAGAAAACGGGAUCACGACUCUUCUUUUCUCUGGUGUCAAUGCUGACCAAUGCGUUGGUGGAACCCUCGUUGACGCCUACUAUCGCGGCUACGAUUGCAUUCUGGUCAAAGACGCCACCGCGACAACCUCGCCGGAAGGCGGCUAUGAGAACGUGGUCUAUAACGCCGGUAACAGUUAUGGAUUUGUUGUUGACAGCGCUCGUCUGGCCGCGUUGACAUGA